AUGGCAUCAGUAUUCACCUAUGACCCCGAUCCUCCUAGGGUCUCUUCGCCGUGGUCGACAUCAGGCUCCUCAACACCCCAGAUGGCAGCGGCUACCAGCAACCGCGUGGUGCCUCGGACCCGAUCCAGCACGACGCUGGACCGGGCCGACCCUGACCUGCUUUCCGAUUAUGGCAUUGCAAAGCUGGAACCCGAACCACAAGAGGGUCCUACCGAGUACAAGUUGCAUCUGCUGCUGCGUCCCCGUCGUCCGUUUGUCGCCAUGUCCACGGGCCACCUGGUGGGAGGCUCGUAUCAUUUCCGAGCGAGCCUCUCCAACGCAAGCCCGACACCCUCCAGCUCCGAAUCAGCUGCCCGACCGCCGCAGACUCGCUCCGCGGAGAGUCGUCAACAGAGACUGCAGCACCUGACUACGCAGUUACUCUGGCGCCUGCAGCAGUCGUCACCAUUCCACUCAUCUACGACUGCCAAUUUGGUCCUGCCCGUGCUCCCUGACGCAGCCCCUCAGCUGGGGGCGCCGCAAAAGCCAGCUAGGUUGCUCCCGGGUCUCGAGGAGAGUCAGGGAGCUCUGUAUGAGAUAGGGGUUGCCGACGACGGGACCUUUGUCGGACUCACCGUGGACGAGCUGGAAGAAAGUUUGUCCACUCUGCAGGUCAUGGCGGCCAGCCUUGGCUGCAAGGUCGAGAUCCUGCGUAGGGUCAUUGUUGGCAAGUGCGAGUGGGUGGAAGACUCCUGCAGCGCGAAAGCCGAUACCGGCAAGGUUCAUACGGAUAGCCUCUGGGUGGCCGAGGCCCUCGUGAGUCCUGAUUGGGAGUUUUACCGGGUCAAGUCUCCGAAGUCAGGCGCAGGGGAGGACGGGUCUUCGACGAGUGCCCCCAAGAGACGGCCUUCGCUAGACGACUCUUCCAAGACAGAGCAGAUCCGUGUCUCUAUCUCAGGCCCCAGCGCAGCCGGCAAAUCUUCACUUCUGGGCACGUUGACCUCGUCUGUGCUUGACAAUGGUCGAGGGGCCAGUCGACUGGGUUUACUGAAGCAUCGGCACGAGAUAUCAUCAGGGAUCACCAGCUCUGUUGCCCACGAGCUGGUUGGAUACGCCUCUGACGAGUCUAGUCCCGAUACCAUCGAUGUGAUCAACUACGCUUCUGGCAAUAUCGCCGCAUGGGAUGACAUCCAUGCCGCGUCGGAGGGCGGCCGACUUGCUUUCGUAUCUGAUCUUCCAGGCUCGGUCCGGUAUUUGAAGUCGACUUUUAGGGGUAUCAUCAGCUGGGCUCCGCAUUAUGUUAUCCUCUGUAUCCCAGCUACAAGUGACGAUGAUUCAGUGGCAGAUAUUGCCCACGGUUCGUCUGAGCAGUCUACUGAAUUAUCGCAGGCUCUGUCGCAUCUGGAGCUUUGUGCCAAGCUCGGGCUUCCUACAGUGAUCGUGAUUACUAAACUGGACAUCGCGUCCCGCACCGGCUUGAAAAAAAACCUCGCGCAGAUCCUCUCGGUCCUGAAGUCGUCCGGCAGAAAGCCUUCGAUGUUGUCUGUAUCGGCGGCCCCUGCUGGAGACUUGCAACAUGUUGGGACCAAGGACGCAGGUGAAGUGAGAAAUCUCGUCGCUUCGACACACAGUUGGCAGUCUACCAUACCUAUUGUUCUUACAAGUGCUGUGGACGGCUCGGGGAUAGCGAAGCUGCAUGCGCUGCUGCGUUAUCUCCCAAUACCCGCACGGCCGCCUUUGAGGGACGUUUCUCUACCAAAGGCCCUCGCCCCUCCAAUUGCGAUUGAGACGGUUUUUGACGUUGAUGAGGUCUUUGCCAUCCCACUAUCAAAGGUCCAUUCUCUAUCCGGUGAGGAGCGACAGAAGGAGACGCACGGCAUUGUUCUUUGCGGGCUAGUCCGGUAUGGAGCUAUUUCGGCCGGUGAUGAGCUAGUCAUUGGGCCUGUCUUAUACAAUACUGCUACGGAGCAUGGAACCGGCACUUCUGCCCCCAAAGACCGGACGGAUAGACGCUCGGACACACAGCUAUCCUCGAGUUCCUCCCGGAGUAGGCCGCCAUCCGGGGACUUUUCGAGUUCGUUCCCUCAUGGCUCUCUUCCCGGGAAGACCCCUCUUGCGGCGCAGGCAAGCUGGCAGCGCGUGCGGGCCGUCAGUGUCCGCAACCUGCGGCUGCCGGUGCAGAGCCUAACCCGGGAUCAAGUAGGGACCAUCGGGAUCGAGCCCUGGCCACUCUCAACGGACGGGGAACGACCCCAACUCGGCAGAAUCCGCAAAGGGUCCGUGUUGAUCAAGAUCCCGCCUGACUCCGCACCUGCCCCCCGCAAGUUCCACACCGGUUUCGUGGCCAGCUUUGCGGCAAGCGAAUUUGCAUCUGCGUUGUCCCCACCUGUGCUGUUGGGUGGCCAUGCGACGGUCUACGUCGCCAAUGUCCGCUCGACAGUGCGGCUGACCUGCAUGGCGCUCGCGGAAGAUGAGCUGAUUUCGCGCCCCCCAUCCCCGACGGAACCGGAGUUCUUCAGCUUCGAUGGGGAUGGCCCUGAUCCGGACCGUGGGCGGGAGCAUGGUGUGCACGAGGUGAUCAAGUCCUCGGGUAGCUCCGAGGCCGGUGAGAUCAAGAUCACAUUCCUGUUCGUCUCCUCGGUUGAAUGGGUGGAGAUCGGAUCGCGGGUGCUUCUGAUGCCUGCAGCGUCCACGGGCUUGGCUUCCACUCAGGGGUCGAGCUCUUCUUCUGGGACCGGGCUUGAGGGCUUCGUUGGUCGGGUUUGUGAUGUGUUGUAUGCGGGGGAGGCGAACAGUAAAUAA